AUGGACGAUCAGCAAGAAACAAGCGACAGGGCGCCGAAUUUCUCCGAAGUGAAUCCAGCCACAAUUACCCCGUGCCAGAUCACAUGUCCACUAGGCUUUAGCCCGAACUUGAAAGAAAUUUCUUCAGAUCACAAGUUAUCGCUUAUCGAGGUAAAGCCUGAGAGCCUAGUUACAGCGACGUCGGACAGAUCACAAGUUGUGGCAUUUCCGAUAGGAAAUUGCCCGUUCUGCGGAACAGAGCCAAAACGAGAAGAAAACUCACCAGUGAUAACCAGGAAACCUAACUGCCCUCUAACCGCCUACCAAAGAGACCCGGAAUUCGCCACAAAAUGGAAAAACCAAGCAACAAGGGCAAAAAGUUGGAAGAAAAGUACGACCGGUAAAAGGCAGCAAACUUCCACUCACCAACGCUUCUAA